GCUUUUUUUAGUUCGAUGCUGUAGGGCGGUUCAUGCGGUCAGAUAUUUGGUUGCAUUCACAAUUUGUUCUUGUGCUGGUUGUAAUGUUAUUGGUUUCAGUAGUUCCAACUAUCUAAAGUGAUGUAAAUAAUGAAUUGAUGUAAAUUAUUUUGGGAAAGUACAAUGAGAAAAUUGGACAUUUACUGUGACACUGUGACUGCAUAGUGUUAAAAUUUGCAAUUCAUUGCGAUUAAGACGAGUUGAGAUUUAGGUGAAAGAUUAAAAGAGAUAUAUAUGCAACAUGUGUUACCGAAAUAUCUGAUGGAUUAUAAAUCACUCUCGGUAGACUUACUGUCAGUUAAAAGUCAAAGUUUCAAAAUAUUAUUGCAGUAAUGAUUUGUGUUCCGUGCUAUUUUACAUAAAAGAAAUAAAACUUUUUAUAGCAUUUCGACCACAUUUACGGAUACAUCAAUUAAAGGAUAAUAUUCCAUUUCUCAGAUUCAUCACUAUUGACGUACCGACGAUGAUUGACUAGUUAGUGCAAGGACAAUUCAUACAAAACUCGGUCAACUAUGUUCACAAUAAUUGUUUGAAAUUUGUAGUGUUGAUAUGUAAAAGUCUAAAAUGCGGUCAUGACGCGUAAGCAGAAUGUAAAAUUAGAAAUACUCUCAGUCGGAUUUAUUAUUUUUUAUCAAAUGAUUAUUACAACGGAUGCAGUUAUAACUGAAGCUGCAUUCAAUGAAACAUCCGAAACGAUAGACGAUGACAUGGGGUUGGGAACAACACUCGAAGCGUCACAAUCUCCCACCACUAUUACUGAUGAAUUAACACCAUCCGUAUCAGAUACCAUGAUAAUGCAAACAUCAGAAGCAAUGUCUAACUCCCGAAGGGAAAUUACAUUUGCAUACACCAGUCCAAUUACAACAAACAGACCAUCUAUAUCAACAUAUCCUGAAUUAAGACACAGAGUCACUCAUCCGCGUCCCUACCAUUCCAAGCACCAUCAUGAACACCAUUUGGGACCAUUUUUCGAAGAACCACUUAAUGCAACAUCAGGGGCGUUACUGGUGGGCGUUCAUUUGGCUACGGAGGCUGUUUUAAAUUGUCGUGUUGGAAUGCUCAAAGAUAAGACGGUGAUGUGGAUACGUCGUACCAGCGAUAAAUUUUCAUUACUAACCGUUGGAAAUAAUACGUACAGUGGUGAUCCACGGAUUAAGGUCAAAUUUCAGUAUCCAAAUAAUUGGCGGCUUCAUAUAAAUCCGAUGCAGAAAGAAGACGCCGGUCUUUACAUGUGCCAAGUGAGCACCCAUCCACCCAGAGUUUUUGCCACAAAUGUUACAGUGCUCCCGCCAGCUUUACGCGUCGUCGAUGAACAGGGAUACGAAGUACACGACAGGUACUACAAAAUCGGUAGCACAAUAGAUUUAACGUGUCAAAUAGCUACAUCAUACAUAAUGAACCAUUCGGUUGGUGUACCCGAACCGAAUAACUUGCUGCAAAAUUCUGAUAGCUUCAAGAAGUACCAACAGCCCAGCAAUCAGACCGUACGGAUUAAAGGUAAAGGAGCAUUUGAUGACAAUUUCUUCAAAAAGAUUGUUUGGCGCAAAGAUAGUCAACCAUUAGUUGGUGAUGCGAUUGUUAAUAUUAGUUCCAUACCUGGAUGGCUCACAAGUAGGUUAUCAAUUUCGAAUGCUCAGCGAACACACAGCGGCGUAUAUUCAUGUUCGGUUUUCAACAAAACGUCAGCAUUCGUUGAUGUUCAAAUACUAAAUGGAGAAACACCUGCUGCAGUACAGCACAGUUCAGCAAACACAUUGUUUAACGCAGUUAUACAAGUUUUCCUAUCAUUUUCGUUGGUAUACUGUACGGUGUACAUAUCUUUUUAAAUUGUGUUCCCGAUUAAAUUAACACGAUAGAGAGUAUAUUGAAUGGUUAUAAAAUGAUAUUUUCGUUUUGUUUAUGGAACAAAAAAUACUAUCAAUAAUUAUAUGAUAAUAUGAAUAAAGGAAUUGUAUGAAUAUACUUAA